AUUCGGGCAAAAUUACGCGAAAAUUUUGAGCCUUUCUCCGCACCGUAGGUAUCCCGGAAACGCGGCUCAUGACCUCACUGCAGCCGCUCACAUUUGUCCAUUUCUCUUACUUUUACAUUAUUUUAGUGUUAGUUUCGGGGAGUCAACCAUUGUUCUCAGACAAUAAAAGGAGGUAAGGGAUAAUAUGUUUCAAAUAUAAUGUGUUGAAUACUCUCUAAAUUGAAGCUGUCUUUGGUCGUAAACAUGGGGCUAAAGCUAAGCUAACCUCUCGCUGCAGCUCAGUUUUGCCCUUAGUGUUCAGGUUCAGAUGUGCUCUUUGCUUGUGUUCUUGUGGCCAUUAUUCAGUUUGUUAUAAUGAAAGUGUCUGCUCAGACUGACUGUCCUCAGUACGGGGUGACCAUUGAAUAUUAAAGGUAUUCCCUAAAUAAUUCAGUAAAACCAUUACCUAUUUAUCUGACAUUGAUCCAAUAAGAAAUGCUGUGAAAACAUAACUGUCAUUUUCACCCUCGAUUAUGGUGAAAUUGUCAGUAAAGAGUUGCUGAAUGACACAUAAAGCAGUGCUAAUUAUAACUUAGUGGAAGUUGUGUUUCUGGCCAUCUGAUAAAUAAAAUGGCCCCAAAUAAUCCCUGAGACAGAUAUCCCUUAAGUCUAUCACUGUUUGUUUGUUUUUUAUUAUACAUGCUUUUAAAGCUGAAAAUGAAUGGCAGUACGAGGGUACUAGUGGUGACUUAAAACAUUAUUUAUAGUCGUAGUAAUACAGUUGAGUAGACUCCUUUUAAGGGCUUUUACUUCCAAAUCCUCAACAUUUUAACAUGAUAACCUAUCCAACCCUGAGUUGAUAAGCCUGUUGUUGAUGUCAUUGUCACACACUGCUGUAAAACCAGCACAGUCCAUGAGUCAGCAGUGUUGGUACAGGUCAACAGCAGAGACUCUUGACAUGCAGCCUAUGAUUGAUAUUUUCAGUGAUUAUCAAAUACUUUCCAGAUUCUCAAAAAUACUCUCGUUUGUAUUUUCAUCUGCUGUAUCACUCAUAUCAAGCACACUGCCCACAACAGAGUUCAGAAAGUAUGUAAGGGUUACAAAGUCCAAAAAAUUGAAAUUAAGGCACAGGAUUGAAACUGUUUGGUAAAUCAUGCCAAAUCAACGCCAUCGCCCUGACUGUCAAUUUUAAUGUUUCUCUGACCUAUGAGAUACCUUAAGCACCUGCACUUUGAUAACCCACCCACACAAGUGUUUUCACAGUUUUAUUGACUGAUUAGAUUUCUCUGAGUUGUCAGCGGGUGUGGGUGGAUAUUAAUUGAUCAUCUUUUGUAGUACAUAUGACGUACAUGAGUAAAAAGUCAAUUUUGGAUGACCAAAUUCCAUAUAUUUAAUUCAGUAUCAGGAUCUUGGUGUUGAUGUUGGUAUUCUGGAAUAAUUUCAUGACUUUCUGAGUAACAUGGCUUUUAAAGAGCGAGCAAACAAUCAGGCCGAUUAAUGGCAUUUGUACAUACAUCAUAUCUGCACUGGUCCUCACAAGACUGAUAUAUAAAACAACAGUAUAACAUCACAAAUCAACCUGCUCUCACAUUAUUGGUUUCAGCAUCAGCUAUUGAAAAAAUGAUAUAGGUUGACUACUGGUUACUAGUAUUUAGCCAUUAUUAAUGCCAUAAAUAACACCUUAACUUCUUUUACUACAUGAAGUAAUCAUGUCUCUGCAAAAGUGACUCAGUUCUUCUGCACUUUUGCAGCGGUUUCUUUGGAGAUAUGACUGACACACUCUUAUUGAUACCUGUAUUGAUCCACUAUUCUCAGUAGUAACAUUAACCCUGUCACAAUAAACUUUUCUUUGUCUGAAUCAUUUUUCCUGCUAGAGAUAACUUGCCACCAUGUUCCUCACCCUCGCUCUACUACGGAAAGGCAUCCCUGGAAAGCAGUGGAUCGGGAAGUACAGGCGUCCACGACAAAUCACAUGGCAGAUGAAACGCAACACACUAAAGCACCUGGAGCGCGAGGCUGAGAACGAAUACUGGAUCAGCCGGCCGUACAUGACCCCUGAGCAAGAGUACUGCCACGCAGCAGAGCGGAGAGCCCAGAACUGGCUCAAGAUCAAGACAGCCAAAUUCGCCAAUUUCCCUGAACACAAGACCAUGACAGACCACCUGAGUCACCUUCGAAUCACCAAGACGUGGUAAUGUGGGCAGAGACCUGCAAAGACUGCCUCAGAGCGAGACAAUGUGACAUGUAUUUAUGCUCUUUCAUCAUGUUCUUCAUGUGAAAUGGAACUUUGUGAAAAGCCUCAACUCCACAAUCGACUGCUUAAACUCCACACAACAAAUCUCUGAACUGUUCUUCAUUACUGUCUGAGUCCACACUGCAACAAGAUUAAUACAGCUCCAUAUUUAAUGAAGCUUCUUUGGAUAAAACUGCUUAAAACUUCAUAUUUGUUCUGUGGCCUCUUAUUAUAGUGCUCAUUAAUUAAAUCCACUUUCAUGUUGAGAAACUUAAGCUCCCCACUGCUUAGAAAAGCGCUAAUUAUAUGAACUACUAAAGCGUAUUCCUUUAGGGAAAAGGUGGAAUUAUCAAUCUGUCCAGGGAGUUCUGGGCAAAGUUAUGCAACUUUGACUCAUCUUUUCAGGGUUAAUUUCUCUGUUGAACAAAAUUAUACAAGCUCCUCCCUCUGCCGUAUGUGAAAGCCUUGUGAUUCAGUAAAAGCCUGGGCCAUGUUUUCUUUUUUGGUGGAAGACUCUUGACACAAUUUUUUUAAAACCUUUUAGUGUCUAGUUUAUGGAGAGCAUGAGACUCUUGAGACACAGAUACGGACAUUGUUCAGGAAUUUGACCCUCACAUGUAAGAUACCAGAUGACGUGUCGACUUUUAUUGCCUUUUAUGUAUCUGUUAUCAAUACCCCACUAAUACUUAGAAGGCAGUCAUCAUAACCUUACUCUUACCAUAUGAGGAUGGACUGACGGUGGUAACAAGGAAGAAGGCGUUGACACAAACACAAAGCAAACAGACUAAGCAAUAAUCAACCCAUGAAUAAAGGGAUGAAGACUGAGGCUAUUUGGUUGUCUGUUGGAGAACCUGCUAAGUAUAUUCAUGCAUAUGAGGUCAUAGACAAUUUUGAAUUAAUUCAUAAUAAGUCUGGUAGACUUUGCUGUCUAUAUACGAACAUCAAACAUGUAAUAUUUCCUGUUUAAUGUUUUUACAAAAGAGAGUUGAGUCUACUGGAGUCAGUUUCCUUUGGCCAAUAAAACUGAUCCUUUUACACUUAACUUGGUAAGAGCAUGUGAGAAUCAUAACAGAAACCCCUUGUAUUUAUCCUACUUAGAUUGGUAUAAUAACGUUUAGAUAAGGAAUACAAUGCUAAACGAAUCAAGAUACAAACUCAUGAACAAUCCCCCCCCUUGCAUAAACCAAUAUGCACAAACUACCAUGGCUCAUCUGUUGGUAUUAUUUUAAUUUGUUAGACAAAAGCAGCAAUACUGUAUUCAAUACUGCAGCACCCACAGCCCGCUAGUUUCCAUGGCAGCCAUCCUGGUCUGAUUUACACCUGUGACAACAGGUGAACCCAAUAAGAAACCUUCAACACUGGCCAUCAUGCUGUCUAUCUGUCUGUGUUUUGAUGGAAAUGUAGGAACCAAACCUUUAUUUGAGUCCUGUUGUAGUGCAGGUGCUGCAUGCUCCAAAAUAACUGAGCAGGAUUAACAAGCUGAUUGGGAAAAUACAGUCGCCUGCUGUAAGAGUCACAUAGGAAAAAGUUCAUGUGGUUGAGAUUUCCUAGUCUGUUAGUACUCCCACUUUGAAGUGAUGAAUUCAUAAAAAAUUAACCAACCAAAAUACCACUGGGCCAAGUGAAGCUUCCUCUGCUGCUUAAAAAGUUAAAAAUAUAUUUGUAAUAAGACAGAUGAAUUACACAAAAACUCUUCAAAAUUCAGAGGAUGACUACUUUUGUAUUAUUAUUAUUAUUAUUGUUAUAAAAUGUAUCCUGCUUAAUUUGAUUUUAGGACUUGGCAAACAUGGAAGUAUCAAACAGUUUAAAUAGUUAUGCAUCAGGGGUGUCCCCAAAAUUGUGUUGGGGCCCCCUGUCUUGACUCUCAGAUGAUCAGUGUUGAAAAAAUUUGGUAAUUUUUGUCACCUCACUAUCUUGAAAUGUUAAACAACUUGAUCUGUGUGAGGAGAAAUGUCUUAACAGUACCACGAAAAUUAUGCAAAAAAAUGAUUUGGUAAACCUGCAGAGGAUGUAAAGCCAUCUGUGUGAGAAGAAAAAAGACCUAAAAAGUUGAAAGCA